UCCCCCCUCUCGCCGUGGCCGCCCGGAACUCGCAUCAGGGACCGGCCAUGGUGCAGAUCGUGACCGUGAAGACCAAGCCUUACGGCGACCAGAAACCCGGUACCAGCGGCCUCCGCAAGCGGGUGACGGUCUUCCAGAGCAAUGUCCACUACACCGAGAACUUCAUCCAGAGCAUCCUGGCCACCGUGCCGCCGGCCGAGCGGCAAGAGGCCACGCUGGUGGUGGGGGGGGACGGCCGCUUCUACAUGAGGGACGCCAUCCAACUCAUCGUCCGCAUCGCCGCCGCCAACGGGAUCGGCCGCUUGGUCAUCGGGCAGAAUGGGAUUCUCUCCACCCCAGCUGUGUCCUGCAUCAUCAGGAAGAUCAAAGCCAUUGGUGGCAUCAUUCUGACAGCCAGCCACAACCCUGGGGGGCCCAAUGGGGACUUUGGCAUUAAAUUUAAUAUUGCCAAUGGAGGUCCUGCUCCAGAAGGUAUCACGGACAAAAUUUUCCAGAUCAGCAAGAAGAUUGAAGAAUAUGCAAUCUGCCCAGAUCUCCAGGUGGACCUGAGCACCAUUGGAAAGCAGCAGUUUGACCUGGAGAACAAAUUUAAACCAUUUACAGUGGAGAUUGUGGACUCAGUAGAAGCUUAUGCAAAUAUGCUGAGGAACAUCUUUGACUUCAAUGCCUUAAAGGAACUGCUUUCAGGGAAGAACCACCUGAAGAUUCGCAUAGAUGCUAUGCAUGGAGUUGUGGGCCCUUAUGUGAAAAAGAUCCUGUGUGAGGAGCUCGGAGCCCCAGCAAAUUCAGCUGUGAACUGCACCCCGCUAGAGGACUUUGGUGGCCACCAUCCUGACCCCAACUUAACAUAUGCUGCUGACCUGGUCCAGACCAUGAAGACGGGAGAGUAUGACUUUGGAGCUGCCUUUGAUGGAGAUGGGGACCGCAACAUGAUCCUGGGGAAGCACGGCUUCUUUGUCAACCCCUCCGACUCCGUCGCUGUCAUCGCUGCCAACAUCUUCAGCAUCCCCUACUUCCAGCAGACUGGAGUCCGCGGCUUUGCCCGCAGCAUGCCCACCAGCGGGGCUCUUGACAGGGUGGCCCAUGCUACUAAGAUUGCUUUGUAUGAAACUCCAACUGGAUGGAAGUUCUUUGGAAACUUGAUGGAUGCAAACAAGCUGUCUCUGUGUGGGGAGGAAAGCUUUGGUACUGGCUCCGACCACAUCCGUGAGAAGGACGGGCUGUGGGCUGUCCUGGCUUGGCUGUCCAUCCUAGCCACCCGCAAGCAAAGCGUGGAGGACAUCAUGAAGGAUCACUGGCAGAAAUAUGGCAGAAACUUCUUCACCAGGUAUGACUACGAAGAGGUGGAUGCAGACGCAGCGAACAAAAUGAUGAAGGAUCUGGAGACCUUGAUGUUUGACCGCUCCUUUGUGGGGAAGCAGCUAUCAGGUGGUGACAAAGUCUACACGGUGGAGAAAGCUGAUAAUUUUGAGUACAAUGAUCCUGUGGAUGGAAGUGUCUCCAGAAACCAGGGCCUACGGCUCAUCUUCUCGGAUGGCUCCCGCAUCAUCUUCAGACUGAGCGGUACCGGCAGUGCUGGGGCUACCGUGCGGCUCUACAUCGACAGCUAUGAGAAGGAUGCUCAGAAGAUACAUCAAGACCCACAGGUCAUGCUGGCACCGCUCAUUUCCAUUGCACUGAAACUCUCCCAGCUCCACGAGAGAACCGGCCGCACCGGUCCCACCGUCAUAACAUAAAGGCUUGGUCAGCCAGGUGCUGGAGUGCUCCUGAGUGAAGGAAAUCAGUCUCCCUGCCCUGUUCCUGUCACAUCUCUCACUGGAAGAACAAUAGUAAUUUAAUUUCUGUAUUUAAAAGCACUUGAACUUCUGAGGAUAGGGAAUAAACCCAGCCUCUCUCAACACGGCGUGCACAUGGCUGUGCUGCUUGGCUGCGUCACCCAGCGCUGGUGGUGAGCCUUGUAGGGUGCUCCUCAGCACAGCCUCUUGGUUCAGCUACCUGCUGGGUUUUCUUCUUAAACAAAAGGCUCUGGAAAUAACAAAGAGACUCAGCUCUUCAGUAAUUCAGAGGCUCUUUUUCUAACUUGGGAAGUUUCCUGGCAAAGCAGCACAAAUACUUGAUCAUUGUUAAUACACAGCCCUUGAAAGGUGAGGUCUGAGUGAACAGUAGCUCUGCCUCAGGGCUGAGGAUUUGUCACUUCACUUUCAAAACUAAACAUUGUAAAUUGACCCCCAGCUGCCUUCUGUAUAAGAAAAAAACCCCACAACAAACCCACACAGAGAUGAGCAAUAACAAGAUUGCAGGACAUUAAAGUAAUCUGGGCUACAAUUGCUGUUCAUGCUCUUGUAUUUUCAUACAUCACAUGAAGCUCCCUUCUGGAGAAGGAAGGAUU